AUGGGACAAGGAACCAAAAGACUUGACGAUGAAUAUGAGGUGACUGAUGUUUUAGGAAGAGGAGGCUUUUCUGUUGUAAGAAGAGGGAUAAGAAAAUCCAGUGGUGGAAAAAUUCAAGUUGCUAUCAAAACCCUGAGAAGAAUCGGACCAUGGCAGCCUUCCCCUGGCGGUCGCGGCCGGAGCGUGACUGCUCCAAACUCAAGACAGGCCCUGGUUUCUGAUGCUUUACUGACAAAUGAACUAUUGGUCAUGAGGAAGAUUGUGGAAGAUGUUUCACCUCAUCCGAAUGUGAUUCAUCUUUAUGAUGUUUGUGAAGAUUCUAAUGGGGUUCAUUUGAUUCUUGAGCUUUGUUCUGGUGGGGAGUUGUUUGAUCGGAUAGUUGCUCAGGAGAGGUACUCAGAGGCUGGAGCUGCGGCUGUUGUCAGGCAAAUUGCUGAAGGGUUAAAUUCUCUUCAUAAAGCUAAGAUUAUUCAUAGGGAUUUGAAGCCUGAAAACUGCCUGUUUUUGGAUAAAGAUGAAAAUUCUCCGUUGAAGAUCAUGGAUUUUGGACUGAGUUCUGUAGAGGAUUUUACUGAUUCUGUUGUUGGAUUGUUUGGUUCGAUUGAUUAUGUAUCGCCAGAAGCACUUUCCCAGGACAAAAUUACUCCCAAGAGUGAUAUUUGGUCACUUGGUGUAAUCCUCUAUAUCCUCCUCUCCGGGUAUCCGCCUUUUAUAGCACAAUCAACUAGGCAAAAGCAGCAGAUGAUUAUGCAAGGAUACUUCAGCUUUCAUGAAAAAACAUGGAAGAGCAUUUCUUCUUCAGCUAAGCAACUGAUUUCCAGUCUUCUUACUGUUGAUCCUCAGUUGAGACCAACGGCUGCUCAGGUUCUUCAACAUCCUUGGGUUACUGGGGAUUUGGCAAAGGAAGAACAGAUGGAUGCAGAGAUUGUUUCACGCCUUCAGAGUUUCAAUGCAAGGCGCAAGUUCCGGGCUGCUGCAAUGGCAAGCGUGUUAAGCACUAGUUUUUCCUUGAGAACCAAAAAGCUUAAGAAUUUGGUCGGAUCCUAUGACCUCAAGCCUGAGGAACUGGAGAAUCUCAGAAUACAUUUCAAGAGAAUAUGCACGAAUGGUGAGAAUGCCACAUUAUCUCAGUUCGAGGAAGUGCUAAAAUCAAUGGAAAUGUCAUCACUGGUUCCUCUAGCAGCUCGGAUCUUUGAUUUGUUUGACAACAAUCGUGAUGGCACUGUUGACAUGCGAGAGAUAAUAGGGGGCUUCUCCUGUCUCAAAUAUUCACAAGGAGAUGAUGCACUUCGUCUUUGUUUCCAGAUGUACGACACAGACCGGUCAGGAUGCAUCAGCAAGGAAGAAGUAGCCUCAAUGCUUAGAGCAUUACCUGAUGACUGCCUUCCGGUGGAUAUAACUGAACCUGGGAAAUUAGAUGAGAUAUUUGAUCUAAUGGAUGCCAACAGUGAUGGAAGAGUCACCUUUGAAGAGUUUAAAACUGCAAUGCAAAGAGACAGCUCACUCCAAGAUGUCGUCCUCUCUUCGCUUCGCCCUACCUAA